AUGAUCACACUUAACAAACAACACGAGAAAGGAACGACGACGUUUGGUGAAGCUUUUAUCGGACGCGCCGGCCACUCGCCCACUUGGUGGACGGUGAUAAGAAGAAAGCCACCGACCAACACACGCUUCAAAUGCGCCCUAUAUCAGUCCCUCGCCUUGCCUUCAGCUUCUCCUCAUUCGACAAUGGCUUCAAUGGCGUCUUCUAGAGCUUUCGGUUCCCUCAAGAUUUUCAGCAAAACCAGCAACAAUAACUUCUCCUCUCUUCCCCGUAUACAACUCUGUCAGAAAAAUCACGACGACAUGCCUCCGGAGCAAAUUAAACGCAGGGACCUAAUUCUCAAGAGUAGCGAAAUAGCCACCAUUGGUGCCAUUUUCAAUUUCAGUGGGAAAAAACCUGAUUACCUUGGAGUCCAGAAGAAUCCACCGGCGCUGGCUCUGUGUCCGGCGACAAAGAACUGCGUAUCGACAUCGGAGAAUGUUAGUGAUCUUACCCAUUAUGCCCCACCUUGGAACUAUAACUCUGAAGGUAGGAAAAAGCCUGUGAGCAGAGAAGAGGCAAUGGAGGAACUAAUAGACGUGAUAGAAACAACUCAAGCUGAUAGAUUUACACCACGAAUUGCAGAAAGGAAAGAAGACUAUAUUCGCGUUGAAUAUCAAUGCCCAAUCUUUGGGUUUGUGGAUGAUGUUGAGUUCUGGUUUCGACCUGGGAAGAACUCAAUUGUGGAGUAUAGGUCUGCGUCAAGGCUGGGAAAUUUUGAUUUUGAUGCAAAUAGAAAGAGAAUCAAGGCAUUGCGCCAAGAAUUGGAGAAGAAAGGAUGGGCUUCUCAAGACACAAUAUGAGGAAAAUCUUCUGCAGAGAAUAUAAAGCCGUGACAACAGCUUUAUUAAAUUUAAUUUGCAGCUGUUUUUGUAUUUUUUAAGUUAAAAAAAAAAUCAUAUCCUUGAAUAACAUCAAAGCCAGCCUAGAAAGUAAAAUCAUUCUGGUGUAAUUCAUUGCUUCUCAAUGUGGUUAGAAGAUAUAUUUUGCCUUAUAUUUGAAUUUCAACCAAUUCGGGUAA